AGUAGUCCAUGGUGGAUACAAGUCUACAGGCCUUAACCAUAGAGUAGGCCAAGGGGUAACUAGGCUACUACUACUAUAAAAAUGUUGGCUGUUAGAUCUUUCAAUAGACUUAUUUAUUUCAAAAGGACACAAAUUGGAAUCCAAAAUGAACAACUGAGGACUGUUAUGCAAUCUUGUUGCAGUAGAUCCACUAAGCAACCAGAAAAUCCUGAUAUGCCUUUGUCAUUUUCCAACUCAAACGCUGCCAAAUGGUCAGCACAACAAUCAUUUAGUGGUGGAGGAAAUACUGGUGAAUCUCCAUGGUAUGAGCCAUUUGUGAUUUCAGCUAGUGUUACUGCCAUACUAGUGUGGUUUUGUGUCCUGAGAGAAGAAAAUGAUGUUGAUGAUAAACUUGGAAAAAGUUUAUAUGACAGAGUUGAUGGUUUGGAGAAGAAACAAUUGGAAUUGGCUUUGAAGCACAAUAUCCAAGGAGUGGAUACAGUAGCCAUUAAGAAGAGACUAGAUGAAUUGUCAACAAAUAGUUGAAUUUCCUAUCUGUAAACAUAAUUUAAUUGAAGUUGAAAUACAUUAAGUAAAAACCA